CCAACGAAAUUUGCCAGCUCAAAAACAUCUGCGAUCUCAAAACAAAAACAUCCAAACUCCAGUUUGCCACAGGGAGAGAAAUUCAAGAUGCUGCAAAAGGGUUUGCUUUUGAGGGCGGUGAUUAUGGGCUGCCCUGGUUCAGGCAAGGGCACCAUUUCGUCCAGAAUCAACAAACACUUUGACAUUCUGACAUUGUCGAGCGGCGACCUGCUACGAUUCAAUGCUGUGCAGCAAACCCCUAUUGGCCUUAAGGCGACCAAGUACAUGGAAGAGGGCCAACUGGUGCCCGACGAUCUCAUCACAGACCUCGUCCUUGAAAGUAUAAAGACGCACGGAGAGGGCCGUCAUUGGCUCCUGGAUGGUUUUCCUCGAACCAGAAAACAAGCAGAGACUUUGAACAAGGCUUCCCCGAUUAAUGUGGCCAUCAACCUGAUUGUGCCUCACGAGGUCAUUAUUUCUCGCAUUGCUGGACGUUGGACGCACAUGCCCAGUGGCAGAAUUUACAACACGGAAUUCAAUCCACCCAAAAUUGCUGGCCGUGAUGACAUCACUGGUGAACCUCUGAGCCAGCGUGUCGAUGACCAGCCAGAAAACAUCCGUCGCAGACUUGACAUCUACUUGAGCACCAUGCAGCCCGUGGUUGAUUUUUACCGUGAGGCCGGCGUGCUUAGGGAAUUCAAAGGCAAAGAGUCAAACAAGAUCUGGCCCGAGGUUUUCAGGUCGAUGGCAACUUUCAUCGAACCCAAGAUGCCCCUGCCCUGAAUAGGACGACUGAUUUCAACUUGUGAUCGUAGUCGAGGCCUUAGAUUCAAUUAUUGAAAUUUGAAAUUUUAUUCAGCUGCCUCUCGAUGAUAAUAAUAUUUGCUGUAGUUUAUUCUUGUGUGGCUCUGGUCCAGCCUAAAGCUGAACUCGGUGCCAAUGAGCUCAAAUAUCAACUGUUGUUGGAGACUGGUGGCCAGUAUUUUAAGUGAAUAAGAAAAUAUGAUACUAUUUUCAGGCGGGACUUGAUUUAAGGCUCGUAGACUUGUAACUCAAAACCACUGCAUUAUUAAUUUCACCCAAAGUUCGUGAGCCAAAUUAGUGUCCGCCGAUUCUAAAAAUACAUUUUGUUAAAAUUGGUAGGUUAGAAAAGUUAUUUGACUGUGGCCGUAACUUUUUUCAAUGUGUUCAACGAGUGGAGCAUAAUUAUCCUGUCAGUUGAAUUCUAGUAAAAUAUCCAAAUGUUAUUGUUAGUAAUUGUUCCAAAAGUGAGAAAUUUUAAAUGCAGAAAAUUAUAGAUAUAUGUUACCAUAGACAUAUGCCUGUUGGCGCAGGCAAUUUAAUUAACCUUGUCCCCUUUUGUGGGCAAUGCACAAAUGCAUGCCAUUAUUUGGCCGCUGCAUAACUAACCACAAAGAUCAGAGGGUGCUCCUCUGGGACUGUAUUUUUUAUUUCCCCUAAAAGUCUGACAAGUAAUUAUCCUAUUCCUGAAGCCAUUUAUAAUUUUUAGCAAAAUGCAUGACGAGUAUUAUUUAUGUAGAAAAAAGAAUAAAUGUUGUAAAUUUCA